CAUUGUGGGAACUUCUUCCUUUCUCGCUCCCCGGCCAUUUUGGCGGCUGCUGUUGGUUGGGGGUCUUCCCGCACCUAAGGCAGGAAGAUGGUGGCCGCAAAGAAGACGAAAAAAUCGUUGGAGUCGAUCAACUCUAGGCUCCAACUCGUUAUGAAAAGUGGAAAGUACGUGCUGGGGUACAAGCAGACCCUGAAAAUGAUCAGACAAGGCAAAGCCAAACUGGUCAUCCUCGCCAACAACUGCCCAGCCUUGAGAAAAUCUGAAAUAGAGUACUACGCCAUGUUGGCCAAAACUGGUGUCCAUCACUACAGUGGCAAUAAUAUUGAAUUGGGCACAGCAUGUGGAAAAUACUACAGAGUAUGCACACUGGCUAUUAUUGAUCCAGGUGAUUCUGAUAUCAUUAGAAGCAUGCCAGAACAGACUGGUGAAAAGUAAAUCAUGCAAAAUUUUUCUUUAAUAAAACUGGCCAGAGCUUGUUUUAAAAACACUGUA